UUGGUCGAAAAUAAAAUAUGGCGGUCUUCACGUAGUUGCGAAAACAGCAGGGAACAAAGCUUACAUUUUACAUAUUUGUAGUGGAUAUUAGGUCUAGGUAUUGUGUUGUAUAGUUUUCACUUAGGCUGCUAUAAGUUACGAUACAGUGAAAAAUAAUAAUGAGUUUCUUUUCGCAUUAGCUUAGCGUGCUUGCUAACAAACUUGCUAGCAUAACAUUUUGACUGGAGGAAGAUUUUCAUCUGACAGCUUUUCACAUCCACAACAUGCCUGCCUUCCGACAAGUGGGAGAGAAACAACUCCCAAACCCUGUUCUAUGUAUGGCGUGGUCUCCAAAGAGGGAUCUCAUUGCUUUGGCCAAUACAACUGGAGAGUUGCUGCUACAUCGCUUGGCUAGCUUCCAGCGUGUUUGGAGCUUACCACCCAGUGAAUAUACUGGGAGGGAAAUCGCUGCACUCGCCUGGAGACCAGAUGGCAAAAUAUUGGCCUUCAGUCUUGGAGACACAAAGCAGGUGGUCCUCUGUGGUGUUGAGAAAGCGGAGAUCCUCCAUGUGUUUCCAGUGCAAAGUCCUGUAACUUGCAUGCACUGGAUGGAGGUGAUGGAGGAGAGCAGUGUCCUUAGCUCCUUUUAUAACUCAGAGGAUGAAUCCAAACUUUUUCUUCCUAAAUUACCAACACUCCCAAAGAGCUACAGCACAACUUCAAAGAUCUUCAGUGAGGAAAAGUCUGAUGAGAUACUUAAUCUUCUGGGAGAAGUCAGACUGAACGUUCUUGCUCUUGGAGGAGAUAACGGCCUUGUGGAGCUUUACGCAUAUGGGAUGUACAAGAUAGCUACUCUAGGCAGCAUUUCUGGGAUGUGUCGCAGUCUGAGUCUGUCCAGUGAUCUCAAAUCUCUGUCGAUCAUUACGGAGGUCAGGUCUGUUGACAACAACCCAGAGAUCUGUUACAUUCAGCUGGACACAGGAUUGUUGUCAGACUGUCUCCCUGAGGUUACCAGAAUGGCACGCAAGUUCACCCACAUCUCCACCCUGCUGCAGUACCUGCACCUCUCACUUACCUGUAUGUGUGAAGCGUGGGACGACAUCCUCAUGCAGAUGGACCUUCGUCUCACUAAGUUUGUACAGGAAAAAAACACAAGCACCCAAGUUCAAGAUGAGUUCCUGGAGCUUCUGCUGUGGGGACAGUCAAGCCCUGAACUUCAGGCUCUUCUCAUGAACCAGCUGACUGUCAAGGGUCUGAAAAAGCUUGGCCAGUCCAUUGAGUCUUCUUACUCCAGUAUCCAGAAGCUAGUGAUCAGCCACCUGCAGAGUGGCUCUGAGGCUCUGCUGUAUCACCUCAGUGAGGUGAGAGGAAUGUCCUUAUGGAAACAGAAGUUUGAGCCCCUUGGUCUGGAUUCCUCUGCUAUAGAAGGUGCUAUCACUGCUGUGGGCUCCUUCUCUCUCAAAGCCAACGAACUUCUGCAGGUGAUUGACAAGAGUAUGAAAAACUUCAAAGCCUUUUUUCGGUGGCUGUAUGUAGCCAUGUUGAGAAUGUGUGAGGAACAUGUACCACCAGAGCUGAACAAGAUGACUCAGAAGGACAUUGCCUUUGUUGCUGACUUUUUGUCUGAGCAUUUUAGUGAGAAUGAGGAACUCUUUGAUCGUAAAGGGAAGUACUUCAACGUGGAACGAGUUGGUCAGUACCUAAAAGAUGAGGAUGAGGACCUUGUGUCUCCGCCCAGUACUAAGGGGAACCAGUGGCUGAAGUUUUUACAGGAGAGCACACACCUGAAAGAGAGCCCUUUGCUGUUCCCGUCGUUUCCACAAAAAUCUUUACACUUUGUCAAGAGGAUGAUGGAGAAUGUGAUUGAGCACUGUUUACAGAAACCUGCAGAAGUAAUUGGGAAGUCUGUAAAGCAGGCUGUCUUUUUGCCUCUGUACACCGUGCCAGAGAGUUCAGAAAACACUCCACGACUUUUUGAACUUCCAUCUUUGUGGAAUGACAAAAAGGCCAAAAUGCACUGUGUUGUGUUCUGCAUGCCAGAGAUUUCACCAUACAAACUCUACCUGCUACGGAAAGGAACCGACCCAAACAGACACAUACCAAACAUUGUAACGUCAAUUGACCUCAGCCAUCAUCUUGACAAUGCAGACGACGACAGUCCUGAAGCCCAGUCUCACUGUGCUUACAGCUGCCUGGAUGCUCGUUUCUAUGACGAUGAAAUGCUAACAGUGGUUUUGCAAGGAUCGGGGGAGCAGAACAGCAGGCGUGUCCUGGCUCAGCUUCCUCUUGCCUCCAACUUAACAUGUGAGACUGAAUUCAGCUGGGAGCCCAACCUGAGAUUGGACCAGCAGAGCAGUAACAUCCCGUCCCAGGGUCUGGUGUUGGGGAAUCAGUGGCGUGAACUGGAAAACAUGAAGGCACAGUUUCUUGCUGUCAAUGGAAUCCGCAAAGUGGCCUGUGUGCUGAGUGCCAACCUGAGGCACAUACGUGUUUUUGAGAUGGAUGUAGAAGAUGAGGAUGACGAAGGAGCGGACUCCCAGAAUGUGAGCGCUGACCAGGACGGGCUGGAAACUACCGUAACCAGCCAGAACCCGGGAGAGGAGAGCUUAGAGACUGAGGGUGAAGCUGGAGAGCAGGAAGGAGAUGCAUUUAAAAAAAUUGAGGAGCAGCUUGAGUCUGAAGAAGCCCCAGAACUCCUGUAAAAUCCAAAAUAAAAAGAGGAAAAAGCA